AUGUCCGCGGCCGCCGCCGCGAGGUGCCUCGCGCCGCCGCGCGUCCUCGCCCACCGCGUCUCGCGCCACGCUGCCGCCGCCGCGUCGUCGUCGUCGUCGUCGUCGUCGUCGUCGCGAGAACGCCGCGAGCGGUUCGACGGCGUGCUCGCCGAACCUCGCGACGGCACGCUCCUCAUGUUCAGCUACGGCGCGAACCUCGCGGCGUCGACGCUGCGCGCGCGGGGCGUCUCCCCGUCCGCGUCCGCGAUCGCGCGCGCGCCGAGGCACGCGCUCGUGUUCCGGCACCGCGGCGGGUACGCGAGCCUGGACGAGGUCGGCGUCGACGAGGAGGAAGAGGAUGAGGAUACGAUGUCGUCGUCGUCGUCGUCGUCGACCGGAAGAGUCCCGAGGGCGUUCGGGGUCGUGCACCGCAUCAGCCGAAGCGAGCUCGCGCUCGUUCGAAAGUGGGAGAUCGGGUACGAGAUGAAAUCGAUCGACGUGCUCGUUCGCGCGCCGCCGCCGCCGCGGAGCGACGACGCGGAGGAGGAGGAGGAGGCGAGCUCGUGGACGUGGGUCGAGGCGCGCGCGACGGCGUUUCUCACGAAGAGAUCGGCGCGGCUCAGGGCGCCGGUGCCGCCGUUCAACGAAUACGGCGCGAAGAUAGUGAACGGCGCGGUGCAAGUCGGUCUGCCGGACGAGUACGUCGAGUGGUUGAGAGGCGAGACCGCCGGCGGGGUGCCGUACAAUAAGAGAGGGGACGAGUACUUCGACCUCGAGCGCGGCGGCUUGUUCGCCGGGCUCAACUUGUACCCGAACAAUUAA